AAAUCUUUAGUUCAUAUUCAGACCUAGAAUCCUUCAUGAAUUGCGGUAAAAGUAGAUGCCAACUCAGUUCAGAGUGAAAGUGCACAAAGUCAGAAAAGAUGCCGACCACUUGUGAAAUUGAAUUCGAAAACAAUCCACUGAAAGUGGUCUAUGCCGGCCAAUUGUUGCGUGUUGCUUUGCGGUUGAAUUUGACAAAACAAAAGAAGGUGCGCGGUGUUUAUUUUCAAUUAUACGGCAGUGCGUGUGCCAGUUGGACUGAAUAUGAGUGGUUUGGUGGUUUGCACAGUAACCGUUGGAAAAUAUACAACGGAAACGAAGAAUACUUGAAUAAAGUAUCGUAUUUUGUUGGCCCAGUUGUCGGUGAUGUAUCGAGGAAAGCGGCUCGAAUUUUGAGGAAAUCAACACGUAAAUUUAAACUAGCACCAGGCGCUUACAAAUACAAUUUCGAAUGUACGUUACCACCUGAUUUAGCAACGUCGAUUGAAGCGAAACACGGUCACAUUCGAUAUUUCGCUCGUUUUGUGGUCGAUAUCAUAUAUCCAUGCAGGAAAAUAUACGAAGUUCCAUUCUUUGUCAUAAGGCCGUUCGAUUUAAAUCUGAAUCCAAUAUUACGAAGUCCAAUCAUUGCUGAAAGCACUGAAAAGUAUCCAAUGAAAAUUGUCGUUCGGACGCCGGUUCGAGCCUUCGCUCCCGGCCAAAUGAUCAAUGUGGAAAUCUACGUGAAUAAUCAAAGCAAACAAUCGAUUGCUGAACUCUCAAUUGAAUUAAUUAGAGGUAUCACCUAUUGUCAAUCGAAAAACAGUAAUAUUCGCAAAUUGGAAAGAAUAUCUAUAGUGAGGACAAAAACACAGGGCUGUGAAAAAUAUCAAGAUCGAACAUUUUUGGUUGAUAUCCCUGUGCCACCAAUUCCACCAACUGAUUUUUCGACGAGUAACAUCGUGAAAGUUAGAUAUUGCAUGCGGAUUGUUGGGUUCAUUGAUUCAAUGUUGUGCCAUCACGAAGAUCCUACACUUGAAUUCCCAAUCACAAUUGGCACCUAUCCGAUUCGAGAUGAUAUGAAAAUUAACAAUAACGAUUUGUAUUCGAAAUGGGACGAUGAGCUUGAAAUUAACGAUCAACCAACCUACGAAGAAACUUUGGAAGCGUACGGCGCCACAGAUGAUAAUUUUCGACCAAAGUAUCCAAUGUUCAAACAUGCAACUUCAUAUUCAUAUAGAAAUACCAUAGAGUCCACGAUAUUAUAAAAUCGACCGUGUCUUUGUGCCAAUGCAAAGUAGAACUCUGUAAUACAGAGUCUGUAUUGCGCAUUUGAUAAAUGAAUCAACCCAAAAAAUACAUUGUUGUUAUUUUCAUUCAAAAUUCAUUUGAAUUGAUGUAAUUAUUCUCUUCGUUUAAUUUUGAAC